AUUCAUCUGGAAAGUGACAGCGGGGCUGGUGAUGGGCAGCGUUGCCGCGCACAAGCUGGGAGCUGGGAGACGCGCACAUCUCCAUGCUUUUCCUAACGGCCCGCUCCUCCGCUUCGUCUCGCUGUAGCCGUUUUGGGAUCACCCCUCCUGUCUAUGUUUUAUUCCACACAAAAAAAGAGGAGCCCCCACUGAAUAUAGACAUAGAUGUAGAUAGAUAUAUAUUUAUAUACAAGCCAGAGAGAGAGGGGGAUAGGGGGGGGGAGAGAGAGCGAAAUAUAUCACAAAUAUCCUGCAAUUUGUGUGAAAUAAGCUUGUAAUCUACAUCGAAGAUUUCUGUCUGCAAAAAAAAAACACAACGGCAGUGUGUUACAUUAAAGGGUGGACUAACAAAAUCCAAGACUAUCUUAAAGCACGCUGGUUGAUGGCACAAAGGUAUGAUGAGCUGUCCCACUAUGGGAUGGAUGGGGUGCCUAUGCCCAGUUAUGGAGACACACACACAUCCCGCAACCUGGCACAUCACUUGGGUCACGGCCCCGGCAUCCACGCACAACACUACCCGCCGGCAGGGACCGCUCACCGGGCGACGUUGCCAUCAAGCCUCGGUAACAGCAUCAACGACACACUCAAGCGGGAGAAGGAUGCAAUCUACGGGCACCCAUUAUUCCCUCUCCUCGCUCUCGUCUUCGAGAAGUGCGAGCUGGCGACAUGCACACCCCGGGAUUGUGGCGUGGCCGGCGGAGACGUCUGCUCUUCCGAUUCCUUCAACGAAGACAUCGCCGUGUUCGCUAAACAGAUCCGAACAGAAAAACCACUAUUCUCUUCCAACCCCGAGCUGGAUAAUUUGAUGAUUCAGGCAAUACAGGUGCUGAGGUUUCAUCUGCUGGAGUUAGAAAAGGUAAGGGUGCUGCGCUGUAAGGUGGAGGGUGUCCUGUUGGUGUUCCCCUGUGUGU